ACGCACAGCGCAGCGGCUGACGCGUCAAUUUAUCGCCAUCCGCUUCUUUUGCGCUGAUGAUUUUUGAUCCCUGAUGGGCCGGAUGCCUGGAAUAAAAAGUCACAGUUUAAAAUGACCGACUGUCGCAUUACGCCGUGUUCGGUGUCAGGAUAGUCCCUCAUUUUAUCCCCAGCUUUGCAAAUCGGCUACAUCGUAUCCAGCAGUCGUCGAGAAUCGCUCGGCAACGGCUUCGCUUUGAUGCCAGCGACGGCCUCUGCUCCAAUUUGAGUUGCUUUCAGGCGCCAAGAAAGUGCACCUGUGCCAAACCACCCGUUUUCAACGGCACCGCCUCAAAAACUUAGUCACCGGCGGCAUGGGGAUUUCUGCGGUUAUCACAGUUACCGUGGUCUGCUUAGUGGCUACCGUCACCGGUUCCAGCCAUCGUGCCAUCUGGCCUGAUCAUGUACGUGAGUUCUCGUGCGGACGUCUCUACUACAGGACAUUUUACAUGGAUCGCAAGCGGGAAGUUCUCUUCGUCGGAGGAAUGGACAAAGUGUUCCGUCUCAACUUGGCCAACGUCAACCGAACCAAGUGCAACGAUCGCAGCUUGACGGCGAAUCCCAACGUUGUGUCCACGUGUGUCUAUAAAGGAAAGCGUGAGGACUACGAGUGCAGGAACCACAUCAAGGUCAUCCAGCCCAUAGGCGAUGGCAGCAAGCUCUACGUGUGCGGCACCAACGCUCAGAAUCCGCGGGACCUGGAGAUAUUCAGCAGCAACUUGACCGAGGUGCCGAGGGAUCAGCUGACCCUGCGAGACAUCGGGCGGGGCAUCGGAAAGUGCCCUUUUGAUCCGGACGAUAACUCUACCGCCGUCUGGGUCGAGCGGGGCAACCCCGGAGAUUUGCCGGGGCUGUACAGCGGCACGGUGGCGGAGUUCACCAAGGCGGACACGGUGAUCUUCCGGUCGACGCUGUUCAACCGCACCACCCACGAGCAGAGCGAGUUCUUCAUGCGCACCCUCAAAUACGACUCCAUGUGGCUCGACAAACCCAACUUUGUGGGCUCCUUCGACAUCGGAGACCACGUCUUCUUCUUCUUCCGCGAGAGCGCCGUGGAGUACAUCAACUGCGGGAAGGUCAUCUACUCGCGUGUUGCCCGCGUCUGCAAGAAAGACACGGGUGGAAAGAACAUCCUUACGCACAACUGGGCCACAUUCCUCAAGGCACGCCUCAACUGCUCCUUACCCGGAGAGUACCCCUUUUACUUCAAUGAAAUCCAGUCGGUGUACAAGUUUCCAGACGACGACAGCUACGUCUACGCAGUCUUCACCACAUCGCUGCACGGCGGCCCGCACGGAUCAGCCGUCUGCUCGUUCCGGCUGAGCGACAUCCAGGGCGCCUUCGGGGGCAAGUUCAAGGAGCAGAAGACGUCCUCGUCCGCCUGGCUCCCCGUGCUGACGAGCCAGGUGCCGGAGCCCCGUCCAGGCCUGUGCGUGAACAGCACCAAGACCCUGCCCGACGCGGUGCUCAACUUUCUGCGCACCCACACCCUCAUGGACUCGGCCGUGCCCCAGGCCGGAGGGCGCCCCGUCUUCUUCCGCGAGAACGUCGUGUUCCUUUCGCUGGCCGUGCACCGGGUCGACGUGGAUGGCGUGGACUACCUCGUCUACUACGCCGGCACCCGGGACGGCCUGGUCUACAAGCUGGUGGAGUGGAAGGACCGUUCCGGCCAGUCUUUCUCCAACCUCGUGGACGUGUUCGAGGUCAAUCCCGGGGAACCUAUUCGUACCAUGGAGGUCUCCAAUGAGCACAAGUCGCUGUACGUGGGCUCGGACGACGGAGUGCGCCAGGUGAGCCUGCACCUGUGCAGGGGGCGCCACCUGAGCUGUUUGCGCUGUGUGCGGGACCCCUACUGUGGCUGGGACAGGGAGCACCAUGAGUGCCGCCCCUACGUCAACGGGUACCUUCAGGAUGUGAGUAAUACCACGCCAGGGCUUUGCGAAGGCAGCAUCCGUCGUCGCCAGCUGCGCGCCCACUGGGGCGAGAGCGUCCACCUGAGCUGUCAGGGCCACCACCCCGAACUCCUGGAGCCGCCCCACGCGGGAGCGCUCCGGGGCAACCCGGGUGCGACGGGGGCGACCCCGGUGUGGUACCACCAGCAGGGGCGGGAGCGGCGCCCGGUGCCGAGCAAGCGGGACAAGUUUGUCCACUCGACGGGACACGGGCUGGUGGUGCUGGGGCUGACUGAGCGGGACACCGGACGCUACGACCUGCACCUGGACUCCCUCGGAACGCUGUGCAGCUACAACGUCACCGUGGACGCCGACACCUGCGGGACGCCAUCCGAGACGGACUACCGCAAGAUUUACUCGGACUGGUGCCACGAGUUUGAGAAGUACAAGCUGGCCAUGAAGACCUGGCAGACGAAACACGCCAAAUGUCAAGGCGGUGGAGGUCAUCCAAACGACGUCACGUACCAGGGCCGUGCUCCGGCCGCCUGAAGAAAGAUUUCGGAUGCUGCCGCCACCGGCAUUUGCCGGGCAGUAGCCAGCCAGCCAACAAACAAAACAUCCGAAGACCCAACUUCACGACCCUCUCGCCGAGGCAACAAACAACCGAUGGCGGAAGCGGAAAGCCGGCUAGCUUAGUUCUCAUUCCGCGGGUCCGCACCUUUCCGUGUCUCGGACCCACCUGCCUUUCGGGAUUUCGGGAGCGGUUUUAGAAAAGAAAAGGCUCCACCAGAUUGUCGGAGCCAAACACAAAGAUCUCCGGUUCGGGGUCCGCUCAGGAGUGUCUUGCCAUAGCCUCAUAAUGAGUUUGUUCCAAACUUGGAACUUCAUAAGUUUUCGGGAACUCCAACGAGAAGAGUGCAGCUGGUAACAUUUCGGGAAACGGUUCGAUCCGACGGCGCGAUUGGAUUUUUAUGGCAGCUUCGACGUCGGAUCGCCUUGGAUCGUCGGACGCUGGCGAGACGAGGCGCAUGAUUUUUUCUUCGUUUCUCGACGAUUAUGAGUUCCUGUGGCACAUUCUUUUGUGCGACUGCAUCCUUUUAUUUAUUUCUCACACUGCAUGUUGCGUGUUAGUGGGGUCAGUGAAAACAGUGUUUGUGCAUCUCUACCACCACCAGGCCGUUACGGCCGUAUUGCUUGUAUAGCCCAAUUCCACGGUAUUUGGCGGUGUGUUUGUACCACCGGUGCCGGUAUUAUACACUGCGACUCCAACUCGUCCUUCAAUCCCGGUAAGGUCACACGAGCCGCGCGGCACACUUUUUUUUUGUGCCAGUAUAGAACAAGAUAGUAAGGGCCUUUGGUAGUGGCGUGGCUAUACUUAAAGGAGUCGGACGACGCCUCUUUUUUGGAGGCUUUUGCGACGCUUGUUCAGAAGCUUGUGUAAUAGAUGUUUGAGACGACGAUACAGUAGGUCUUUGUUUGUUCUACACUUCCUCCUCCUAAAAAAAAAAAAAAAAGUAGUUGUGCUCUGUCAUUGAGCUCUGUAUGUGGCAGUGCCACUGACGAUACUUGUAGAAAAUAAAUGUCACCCAUUCCCUUUUGUAA